AUUAAUAUGUGAGCCUGCAGUGAGUGGGCUUGUGUUUCUCCCCACUUCAAGUCCUAACGUGUAGGCUUCUUUUUAACUAGUGAUAGGUUUCUUUUUCCCGUUAUUGAAUGAGAUAAUGUUUUCUGUCAGGAGCGCGCCUCAGUAAAAAAUGGCAAGGCGCUUGCCUGUGAUUGUCGAGAGUGAGUGCGCGUCAAAAGUUUGACUGCGCCGUAUGCGCGCGCUCGCUAGCUACUCACAAGAAUGAGUGUCUGCUCGGCUUCUUUCUCUCCACCCUUUAGAUGAGAAAGAAAGAGGCUGUUGAGGGAAAUAGAUUAGCUUCGAAACCACAGAAAGCAACCACGGGCGGAAGGUUUUGGAUUGGCAAAGGGGCAGAGCAGAGACUAGAAUAAAUUCAACCCGAGUCAAUCCCGUUCUAACGGGCAGCGUUAUAAUAAUACCAAGGUCAAUACACCGAACGAGCGCACAAACCCACGUCAUUUAACGUCUUAGGCUGGGUACUGAAUUCGGAGACGGGGAAAUCGCCACCAGCUGAAGAUGGAGGGGGUGAUGCAGGGAAUGCAAGCAUACGGAGCGGGGAAGGCUGGAGGAGCCUUCGACCCUUUGACGUUCUUUCAACAGCCUCAAACUAUCCUUCGGCUUGUGUGCUGGCUCUUCUCCAUCGUGAUCUUUGGCUGUAUCGCCAAUGAGGGCUACGUGAACCGGCCUGACGAGAUUGAGGAGUUCUGCAUCUUCAACAGGAACCAGAAUGCCUGUAACUACGCAGUGGGGAUGGGCACCCUGGCUUUUCUCAGCUGUGCUGCCUUCCUGGCCCUGGAUGUCUACUUCCCCCAGAUCAGCAGCGUCAAGGACCGCAAGAAGGCUGUGCUUGCUGACAUCGGAGUGUCUGCAUUCUGGUCGUUUGUCUGGUUUGUGGGGUUCUGUUUCCUGGCCAACCAGUGGCAGGUUGCCAAGGAGGAGGAUAACCCUCUAAGGGAGGGCGCGGACGCAGCCCGAGCCGCCAUUACCUUCGCCUUCUUCUCCAUCUUCACCUGGGCGGUGCAGGCCUUCCUGGGCUUUCAGAAGUACAAGCUGGGGGCUGACUCGGCCCUCUUCUCCCAGGAGUAUGUUGACCCCACCGCUGACCCCAACACUGUGUCCCCCAUGGGCACUGACUACACAGGCUACACUGCCGACAUUGACCCCGUGGCCAGCACGGAGCCAGCCUUUGACGGCUCCGCUGGCUACCAGGGCCAGGAGUACUAAGCCAGAGGGCCAAGGGAGGAGGAGAAGGCCCAGGGAGGGGCUUACUCAGCAUCAGAGGUGGUUUAAGGGGGCAUUUUAGUGGUUUAUGGGGACAUGGGGUGGCUUAAAGGUAGCCAAGUCCCAGAUCUGUUUGUGUUAGGUGUGAUAAUGAAAUACAGUGACUU